GCCCCGGUAGAUCUCUGAAUCUUGGUCAUAUGGACUACGUCAUAAACCUACCGAGGAAAAAUUGGCGUCAUUGAUAAGCCUUCGGAAAAGAUUCCUCAUCGUGUUAUCUACUAAUUCAUCCAAACGCUAGAAAACAAUCGACCCGGUCGUACGAAGAGUUCAGUUUGGAGCUUACCGCGAACAAGGACAGGUGUCAGAAUCAUACCACCAGCAUCGACUCGAAGUGGGUGGACAUUGAACGUGAGAAUGUCCAACCUUAUCACAAGUUUUGCCCUGGUAAUAGGGAUCCUAGCUGCUAUAGGAACAAAUUCGGUUACCGGAAAUGAUGCGAAUUAUCUUUUCACGAGUACAAGCCUUCCCGCAAAAGAAAUCACUCCUACCCUCUCCAACGGUAACAUCGCUUUCGUAGUUUUCGGAGAUGCGGUACAUAUGAACGGAGUCUACAAUGGACUACAGGGUCUGAGCCACCGAGCUCGUAUUCCCAAUUACGCGAACAUUCAAAUCCUAAACUGUGCUAGCAGCAUCGUCCAACCGACCGGAUGUUACUACCAGUUAGAUAUGAAGAAAAACAUGUUCCGUACUGUGUACGAAGAACCACUGGGAGACUACCGUAUCGUGCACGAUGUUUACCCGCAUCGGUACUUUGACAUGGCAAUUGUGAACAAGAUACGGAUUCAGCGAUUGAACUCUCAAAGCACCAUUUCAGUGAAUAUUGAUCGAUUUCCAGGCAGUGAAAGCGUUGACUUCAAUUUUAAUACACCUGAGCUUAUAGACGUCGGUGGUGCACUCUUCACACGCGAAUGCGGUAAAACCAAGCAAGCUGAAGACAUCCGGUAUCAACAAUACGGUCAUGAUGUUUGUGUUUAUUAUCCGGAUCUUCAGAAAACAUUGGUACUGACCACAGACAAAACUGCUGAAGAAUUCAACUUCUACACAGUAUUCUCACGCUCAAUGAGCGAAGCAGACGACGAACUUCAAGGAAUGAGGCAACACAAUGUUGAAUCGGUCCAUAUUUCUGAAAUGGAACGCGUUUGGGAACAAUAUGGUAUCACUGUGGAAGGGAACGAUGACCUCGAUCGUGUGCUGAAAGCAAGCUCUUUCUAUCUAUCCAGUUCGCUACCGUCCGCAAACACCAACCAGGUCAACAGUUAUCCAUUCUACGGACUUUCACCAUCCGGUUUGGGUCGUGGGGGAGAAGAGUUGUUGGAAUAUCAGGGUCACAGCUUCUGGGAUACGGAAAUAUGGAUGUUCCCACCCAUUUUGUUGAUGGAUCCUAAAAACGCUCGAAAACUGCUUCGAUAUAGAACCGUAGUUCACAAAGCAGCUGCGGACAUUGCAGCAAAUAACGAGUACGAGGGAUGGCAGUUUCCUUGGGAAUCAGCCUUCACUGGUGCAGAAACAACUCCGGAAUGUUGCCCAGAGGUAGUCGAGUUCCAACACCACAUUACCGCUGACAUUGCCUUCGCUGCCAGACAAUAUUUUUACGCAACCGAAGAUUUGGACUGGAUGCGCACUGAAGGUUGCAAGUUGGCUUACGAAACCGCCAAGUUCUGGAAGAGUCGCGUUGAGUACAAUAACGAAACUGACCUCUAUGAGAUUCACCGUAUCAUGGGGCCCGACGAGGACCACUACAACGUGAGUAAUAAUCCUUUUACGAAUGUUGUUGCUGCUCAUAAUUUGAUGUUCGGAGAAUUUGCUGGUUGUCUAUGCGAAGGAGUCGUUGGAGCCACCAAAGAAGAACGCGCUAAAUUUGUUGAAGUUGGCAAAGGGAUGACACUGUUGCACGACGAGGAAAUUGAUUACCAUCCACAAUUUGAAGGAUACCAGCGAGGUGAUUUGAUCAAACAAGCCGAUGUGGUGCUCCUCGGAUAUCCUCUGGAAUACUCAAUGAAUGUGUCAACAAAAGCGAAUAACAUGGAUAUUUACAGUCAGGUAACUCGCUCUAAUGGGCCCGCCAUGACUUGGGCGAUGCACACCAUUGGUCACCUGGACUUGGGCCAGACGGAAGAAGCUGAGCAAAUGUUCAGCAAGAGUUACCAACAGUACAUGCGACAACCUUACAACGUUUGGAGUGAAAAUGGUGACGGAACUAAUGGGACUGGAAAUUUCAUAACUGGCGCCGGUGGUUUUCUGCAGUCUAUCAUAAAUGGUUACGCCGGAAUCCGCCUACACAACGGAGAAAUGCUAAUAAAGAAGCCCUCACGAUUGCCCGGAACUACCAGGCUGUAUAUACCGGAAAUCAACUAUCUGGGGAUCAAAUUCUAUCUGGACAUCACAGCUACUAACACAAUGUUUGGGCUCAAAGAAAUAUCGAACACGGAUGCUGUCAAAUUCAUCGUGGAUAACGUGGAGCGUUCACUUUGCAGCAACUGCUCCACUUUGUUCAACGACCAAGUUGUUAUUCGAGCCAAUAGAGCAUCCAACUUUAACGGAUGUCAACUAGCGGAGACUAAGAUUGGGAUUAGGGUCGCUGAUCAGGAUAACGGAGCUUACCUAACACGUGUUGCACCAACGUUGAUUGGACUUAUUUUGGCAAGUUUCGUACUGCGAAAUAUAAUCUAAAGUAAGUUCUAAGUAACACAUCGAUCCAGAUAUAAAUUACCAUCAAGAUUAUGUCAUAAGCACAACCAUGCAUGAAGCAAUAAAUGCAAUAUCUUGUAUUGUCUUCCCAUAA